AUGCCGGUAGUUCUUCAAGUAGACAAAGUGAAGUCUUUCCAACCCCCUGAGUAUGGCGAGAAUGGAGUUGGAGUUGCUCUGCCUGCCGACAUGACUGAAGAGAAAGAUAAGCGAUUCUUGGAGAAUCAGUUCAAUGUUACCAUUGUGAAUGUGCUUGCCGAAAUUCUAGGUGUCAAGCUAAAAGUUUCCUACCCUAAUCUGCCGAAGACUUCAAUUAUUAUCGUUUUCCAUAACGAAGCAUGGACCACGCUUCUUCGUACUCUACACUCUGUUAUCAAUAGAUCACCUCUGGCCCUAUUGGAAGAGAUUAUUCUGAUCGAUGACUUAUCAGAUAGGGAUUACCUCAAAGCUCCUCUGGAUGAAUAUAUAAAGCGCUUCCCUGUUCCCAUGCGGAUUGUCCACUUGAAGAGGCGGAGUGGUCUUAUACGGGCACGCUUAACUGGCUCUGGAAUGGCCAAAGGGCGUGUGCUUUUAUUCCUAGAUGCGCAUGUAGAGGUUACUGAAGGUUGGCUUGAACCACUCGUAGACAGGGUAGCCAGAGAUAGGAAGCGUGUAGUAGCCCCCAUUAUAGAUGUGAUAUCGGAUGAUACUUUUGAGUAUGUAACUGCUUCUGAUACGACAUGGGGAGGCUUCAACUGGCACCUGAACUUCCGCUGGUAUCCAGUUCCAAAACGUGAAAUGUUGCGAAGAAAGGGCGAUCGUUCAUCGCCCAUCCAAACGCCAACCAUUGCUGGAGGUCUGUUCGCCAUUGACAAGCAGUUCUUCUACGACAUCGGCUCUUACGAUGAGGGCAUGCAAGUAUGGGGAGGAGAAAAUCUGGAGAUCUCUUUCAGGGUAAGC